CACGAACUUUCCAAAGAGUCACCGCCCAGCAAAACAAUCAUCACCGCCAUCGCUCUUUCCAUCGUGCAUCGCCAUCAUUGCCAUUAUCAUCAUCGGCAUUAUCAAAUAUCAUCACUAUCAAAAUCCAAACAAUCCAUCAACUUCACCAUGAACUCCGGGAUUUUCAUCGCCGCCCAGAUGGGCCAGAACGUCGUCUCCAUCCUCUCGGCCCCGUUCUCGACCCUUUACCCUUCUCGACCGGGUCUGAAACCGUUUGAUGUCACGACUUUCGUCCCGGCGGUCCUGUCGGCCCAGCACCAGCGUGAUCUUCACGCAUAUGAAGACAAGGACAUCGAAAUGUCUACUUCCGGGUUCGACUCCCGACGCUCUCGCACGCUUUCGGAAAGCUCCAUCUCGUCCACGCCCAGCAUAUUCGACCGCUCGGGGGACUCCGACAGCGAUGCCACCAGCGCCACGGGCGAGGAGUCGGGGUCCGAUGAUGUCGUGUCCGAGGAGAUUGCGGCGUCUGGCGGGUCUCUCGCGGAAGCGCGAGUGGCCAUCAACUGGCAGGAGCACUUCUACGUCUCCGAGCUCGGGUGCCUGGGAGUCCACCGCGACUACAACAACUACUGCUUCCGAAAAGCAGGAUACAGGCUCGCGGCCUGCAGCUGGCACCUGGUGCCAUUCGACGACGGAUACGAGUCGGCGUCGUCGCCCGGCGUCCCGACGCUGGCGCUGACGACGCCCGACGGCCUCGUCUUUGGCCUCGAGGACGGCGCCGCCGAGUACGAGGAGGAGGAGGCGGAGGAGGAGGAGUGGGAGGAGGACUCUUGGUCCAGAGAGGUUGGCGUGGAUGGCCACGGCUUGAUGUUCGUCAAGCGUGACGCCCAGAACGAGGUGUUGAGGGGGUGCCUGUCCCCUCUCCAGGUCUGCACGUGGCAGAAGCUGGCAGUACCCAGCCUCUUCUCCACGGGCUCCGGCCCACAGCUCAAGCUGGAGACGCCCGAGGGAGAGGUGUUUUACCUCGAUGAUCUCGCGUACUAUCCCGGCGAGAGCUGUUGGGCAGACCUGGACGAGGAGGACUGA